UAUUCAUAGAUUCUCUCUGAUUUAGAUUUCAUCAAUUUCAACUCUCAUAGCUACGUACACCACAUCGAAAGGACAACAAUAAACAUAGACUACAUGGGGCUGAUGAACGUGGACCAACCUCAAUUAUUAUCCAAGAUAGCCACUGGCAACGGACAUGGUGAAACAUCCCUAUACUUUGAUGGAUGGAAGGCUUACGAACAAGACCCUUUUCAUCACACCGAGAAUCGUAAUGGGGUUGUCCAGAUGGGUCUUGCAGAAAAUCAGCUUACUUCUGAUUUGGUUGAAGAUUGGAUAAUGAGUCACCCAGAGGCCUCCAUUUGCACUCCAGAAGGAGUAAGCAACUUCAAGGCCAUUGCUAACUUUCAGGACUAUCAUGGUCUGCCAGAGUUCAGAAAUGCUGUGGCUAAAUUCAUGGAUAGAACGAGAGGAAACAGAGUCACCUUCGACCCUGACCGAAUUGUCAUGAGCGGUGGAGCAACUGGAGCACAUGAAGUCACUACCUUUUGUUUGGCAGAUCCUGGUGAUGCUUUUUUGGUGCCCACUCCUUAUUAUCCAGGUUUUGAUCGGGAUUUGAGGUGGAGAACAGGAAUUCAACUUUGUCCAGUGAUAUGUGAAAGCUCUAAUAAUUUCAAGUUGACAAGGCAAGCGUUGGAAGCAGCCUUUGAUAAAGCCAAAGAGGACAACAUAAGAGUAAAGGGUUUACUUAUUACAAAUCCAUCUAACCCAUUAGGAACUAUCAUGGACAGAAACACAUUAAGAACCGUGGUAAGCUUCAUUAAUGAAAAGCGUAUCCACCUAGUCUGUGAUGAAAUCUAUGCUGCAACAGUUUUUAGCCAUCCUGGUUUCAUAAGCAUUGCUGAGAUAAUAGAAGAAGGCACAGAUAUUGAAUGUGACCGUGACCUCAUUCACAUUGUUUAUAGUCUUUCAAAAGAUAUGGGGUUCCCUGGCUUUAGAGUUGGAAUCAUAUACUCGUACAAUGAUGAUGUAGUCCAUUGUGCUCGCAAAAUGUCCAGCUUUGGAUUAGUUUCCACACAGACACAGUAUCUAAUGGCAUCAAUGCUAUCUGAUGAUGAGUUUGUGGGAAGGUUCCUUGCAGAGAGUGCAAAGAGGAUAGGCCAAAGGUACAGAGUUUUCACAAGGGGCUUGGCAGAAGUUGGCUUAAAGUGUUUGCCAAGCAAUGGUGGUCUCUUUGUAUGGAUGGAUUUGCGUCGUCUCCUUAAGAAUCCCAACUUUGAAUCAGAAAUGGAACUUUGGAAAGUGAUCAUUCAUGAUGUUAAGAUUAAUGUUUCACCUGGCUCUUCUUUCCAUUGCUCUGAGCCAGGGUGGUUUAGGGCAUGCUAUGCCAACAUGGAUGAUACAACCGUGCAAGUUUCUUUGCAAAGGAUUCGCAACUUUGUGCAUCAGAAUAAGGAGGUCAUGGUAUCUCAGAAGAAAUCUUGUUGGCAGAGUAACUUAAGGCUUAGUUUCAAAUCAAGAAGGAUGGAUGAUAUCAUGAUGUCACCUCACUCCCCCCUACCUCAGUCACCUCUUGUUAAAGCCACGACUUGAAUUGGCAUAUUCAACAUUUAGAAGAAAUAACUGCUAGAAAGGUUCUUUGGUUCUUAAAUUUAUUAUUUUGGCAAGAUACAUAACUAUUGAGUUUGUUCUUUUAACAAAUAACAGGGAAUUCCUGACAUUGUUUUUGUAACCAACAACACAACCUCUCUCUAUUGGGAUUUUAGAACUAGUGCUGCAAGAUGCCUGCCCCUUCAAUCUUGGGGGCUUUUUUUCUUUCUUCACUUACCAAAUCAUGGAUUUAUGGUGAAAGAAGUUUAUAGAGUUUGUAAGGUUGUUGGUUUAGAAGAGUCCAGAAGAUAUAUGUAUUCUGUUACUGAAAUUGU